CCGCCCGCCGGGGAGCUGGGUGCCUCCGCUGUCACUCGCUCGCUCGCUCGCUUGCUUCCCCUCACUCAGGGGGAAAGGUCACCUGCGUCCUGGAGCCGCCUUGUCCCUCCCCGACAGCCAUGAAUUGCAGUGAGAGCCAGAGGCUGCGAACCCUCCUGAGCCGCCUGCUGCUCGAGCUGCACCACCGGGGCAACGCCAGCAGCCUGGGCGCCGGCCCCGGCCCUAGCAUGGGCAUGGGGGUGGUGCCUGACCCCUUCGUGGGCCGCGAGGUGACCAGCGCCAAGACCGACGACGCCUAUCUCUACAUCCUGCUCAUCAUGAUCUUCUACGCCUGCCUGGCCGGAGGCCUCAUCCUGGCCUACACCCGCUCCCGCAAGCUCGUCGAGGCCAAGGACGAGCCUUGCCAGGCCUGCACCCAGCACGAGUGGGCCCCGGAACGCGACCCGGACGACCCCGAGACGGCCACCGGCUCUCCAGCACAGGGCCGCCGCCAGCCAGCCCCUGGGGGGCUGCCCACCCUCAGCCAGGGCACUGAGGGGGUCUAGAAUCAGGCUUCGCUUGCUUGCGCGCACCCUCCUUAUCUCGCUAAUGCCAGGAUGCGCGCCGGUUCCUUUCCUCCCCUUCUAGGGUUCACCUCACCUGAGGCCCAAACAGUGAUGAGAGGCUAAGAGACCUGGUCCUGAAAGCCCUGGAAGAAGUACCACCCUGUCCCACUCCUGGCUAGUUUCUCUCUCGCCUAGGCCACCCCCCCCAACCCCGCACAUCCAACUGCGCUAAACUGCCUCUGCUUUCUUGUCUUCAGCUAGCCCUGACACCAUGCCCCAGCCCUCUGGGAACUGAAUCCAACGCAUCCAACACUUGGCUUUGAACUGAAGCAAUGAAGUCGAUCAGAACUCUGGGCCGUCUGACUGGCAGCUGCUCCAGGGACUGCUCACCCUGCAGAGCCAACAGGCUUGCCAUCUUUGCCAGGCCGGCUGCAGCAGCUCCAGCUUCCUGUUGCCUUAGGGACAGAGACAAAGAAAAAGAAGACAUUUCAGACAUCUUUCUCCUCCCUCCUUCUUUCAGCAGGGAGCUCGCAGGACGCUAGGACCAGGCUGUGGGCUAGAAUGGACUUAAUGGGGAGGGAAAAGGGAGGGAAACUUACUGGGAAGGGAGAAACCUAAGACCCCCCCCCCGCCCCCCAACUGUAUUGUCUUGCAUCUAGUUGUCCUCCCAAAGGUAACUUGCCUGAUUUGUAGAAGCUUUGCCAUCUUUCUACCAUGGGUAAUCAUUGCUGGGUACAUCACCCCAAUACUUCCAAAUGCCUCUCCUGUGUUGAUUCAGUGCUUCUGGCAGCUGCCUGCUUCACCCCUGGAACAGGAGGCUCAGAGGUCCCCUGCUGUGUAACCCGGGCAAUGUCAGAGGCAGGUAAUAAAGGUUGU